UUUCUCUUAUUAAUUAAGUUGUUUAUUGAUGCUAUAAUUAUACGGCUGGGGAGAGAAGUGGCGCUCGGCGGCGGGUGGUGGCGGAAAGAGCGAUUGCCGAAGUGGAGCAAGCCUUUUUUUUUCUUUUUAGAAAUCGGUGGAAUACUCGAUUUCGUGUCAUUCGAUCGAUUUCGUCGUCGCCCUCGCCGGAGACGAUCUCAGAUCGGAAAAGGCGACCAUGCCGAAGAAGAUGGGGGUAAACAGUAAAGCCGAGGCGGCGAGAGCACGGAAGAGCGCCGUUGAGACGGAGCGCAAGGAGCGGGAGACUCGGGAGAAGGUGGAUCAGUACUGGAAAGAAGCGGAGGGUCCCAAAUCCAGGGCAGCCAAGAAGCGGGAGGAUGAAUCGGAGAAGCGUGCUGAGGCCGCCGCUCGCAAGGCGGAGGCACGGCGUUUGGCUGAACAGGAGGAGAAGGAAUUGGAGAAAGCGAUGAAGAAGCCUGAUAAAAAGGCGAAUAGGGUUUCGAUUCCGGUCCCCAAGGUAACCGAACUUGAAUUAAGGAAGCGCAGAGAGGAGGAGCAAGCUGAGCUUCAGAGGAAGGCCGAGGAGGCUAAGAAAAGGCAGAGCCGGACGGCGGCGGAGGAGGAAUACGAGCGGAUGCUGCUGGUUACUAAUACUAAUCGAGAUGAUUCGAUUAUUGAAGCCAGGACGCUGGAAGAUGCGAUUGCUCAGAUAUCUGUUGCGGAUAAUUUGCCGAUGGAUAGGCAUCCUGAGCGACGGCUUAAGGCCUCUUUUAAGGCUUUUGAAGAAGCUGAGCUCCCCAGGCUGAAGGAAGAAAAACCAGGUCUUACUCACAAUCAGUACAAGGACAUGAUAUGGAAGCUAUGGAAGAAGUCUCCUGACAACCCUCUUAAUCAGGUUGCAGCAGAGUGAGUGGAUCCAUGUCCAUCAACAUGGGGCAGGCGAGCUUUCCAUUGAUUCUUUUAAGCCUGUUUACUAAAGCUUCUUCUUCAUUUCUGUUGUAUCCUGGAAUCAUCUUUGGUUUGUUGAUGGUUCUUUCGUUCGUCUGUUGCUGCAUAUUAUGGCACGGGACUCUCGUAAAUGCAUAUAAAUAGUUUCGGGUCCUGUGUUGUACAAUAAGUAUUAAUAUUAUGACCUUGGUUUCUGUCA